AGAAGUCGUCGUGAUAGUAAACUGUAAUGGCGGAUAAUUAAAACGUCUUGCUGUUGUUAUUUCAAGUCAAUGAAUCCGCUAACAAGCCAAGAAAAAGACUGUUAACAUUCUACAAUUGCUGUGACAACAUCAUCCCACGUCAUGACGGCCACAGUGGACGACUCUCUCCGUGAGCAGAGCAAACUGUUGCUACGGCGACUAAAGGACAAGCAGACUCAACUCCAGGACAUUGUGAACCCCAGCUUGUCCGAGGAACCGACAGGGGCCAGUGUGAAGUCACCUCCAAGUAUUACCUACACCAGGCAGACAGCUAAAAGGCCGCAGGUCAAGACCCCGGUUAGAAGGCUUGAGGGUGAUAGGACUAACCUCAAAGAGAAAGUUGACACAUCGUUACAGAAGUCUGUGACAGAACGCUCAGCUGUGGAGGGAAAGGCCAGGUUGUGCAAACGUCAAACCCAAUCAAAAGAAGACACGCACAAGAACUAUCAAGACGACAAUUGCACAGAUCACAAAGAAAACUACAUGGGAGCUCUGCCAGAGAAAAAUGUCUGUUCUAAAAUAAUGGAAACACCAUCGAACGAACCCCAGAGUCGAGACACAAACCCAGACCUGUCUGAUCUCCGUAAAGACAUUGAAGCAGAACAUAUGGAUCAACUGAAAACCUUUGGAAAAAUUUCUGAUGAUUCACUGUUUAUAGAAAACAGGUCCAAUGAAACUGGGUCAGGAGGGUCGGCUACACCUAACACGUUACGGAAGCGACGCAUUAUUGAUCGGAACGUGCGGGUGAACGGGGUUCGAGACCUGAACGCGAGUGAGUUGAUGAGAGAGGUGGAGGAUGACUAUACAAGGUUGAACUAUAGUUACUCCAACGUGGAUGAUACUGACCUGAAGUUUCUGCAGGAGAGACUUGCACAGGCUGAACUUGCAGAUACACAGGACUGCUAUGAAGUCCCUGUGCGGGAUACAGACUCUGACCCGGAAACUCCCGGAUAUGCUCAGAACCUCGAUGACCCGGCAAACUCCAGAAAGAUCGCAAAAUUCAUCAGAGAUACGAAGAAACCAAAGUCAAUACUUCUCUCUAAUAAUACCAGCAGACUGAAUAAGUCCAGCACUGCCAAUGGCAGCAGGGUGAGCUUUCGAAGUCCAUCGCGUGACUCCUCUGGGAACCUUACCUAUGAGAUGGACUCAUUCUCCAGGCAGCAGCAGAGGAUGCUGGGAUACGAUUGGAUAGCAGCUCUAAUAGAGAAUGACCCAAACGCUGUCAACCAAUCAGAAACAUUCUUUGAUGAGCUGCGAGAGUUCCGCAAGCUGAACAUGCAGGAGUGCUCGAAUCAGAUGUACAUGGAGUAA